AUGCCGCCGCCUGCCACGUCUUCUGAACCAUCCAUCACUAUCGAACAGCCCAUGAUCAAUAGCAUCCCACCAGAGCUCGCCGCGCGGUUUGACCCCGUGUUCCUAGAGUACUACAACCGGUACAACGCCGGUCGGCUAGCCUCGCAUCAGGUCCCUAUAGAGGAGUACCGCCGGGACCCGCUGCGGUAUACCAUCGCAUACGGGAGGGAGAUAGUGGAUCCCGGCCAUCUCACAAUCACCGAGGAAAAAUGCCCCGUGGAAGGGGGCGACAUUGCCGUCCGCAUAUUCCAGCCGCCGCCGCCUCCGCCGCAGUAUGAUGAGCAGCAGCAGCAGCCGCCCCCACGGCCCGUCUACAUCAACUUUCACGGCGGCGGUUGGGUCUUUGGUAACCUUGGCAACGAUGAAGACUUUUGCAAGAGACUGGCGCUCGAGACGGGCUGCGUAGCUUUUGAUGUUGAUUAUCGUUUGGCCCCAGAGUUCAAAUUCCCCAUUCCGGUGGACGACUGCUGGACGGCUCUCAAAUGGGUGCGAGAUGAAAAGGCAGCACAGUUUAAUCUCGACCUGUGCAGGGUAGCCAUCGGAGGAGCCUCGGCCGGCGGCCACCUCGCAGCCGUCGUGGCUCACAUGUGCCGCGACGAGGGAAUCCCACUGGUGUUGCAGCUUCUGGGCGUUCCCGUCUGCGACCUGCACGUCUUCACACCCACGGGCGAGCUCAGGGCCGACUGCCCGUACGAGUCCCAGCACGAAAUGCGCCAUACGCAGCCGCUCUCUGUGGAGCGCAUGAGCUAUUUUCAUCGGCACUUUCUGGGAAACCCACGUCCUGCCGAGCUAGAGAAUAGUUGGAAAGUAUCACCGAUAAAGGCGCCCAACUUUUCCGGUUUGGCACCGGCACUGAUCCUGUCGGCAGAAAUGGAUCCUCUGAGGGAUGAGGGCAGAGUUUAUGCUCAGAAGAUGAACGACGCCGGGUCCAAGGCCGAGGUCAUUCUGGUCAAGGGCGUGCCUCACAACUUUAUGGCGCUAGACGCGAUUCUCGAGGGUGGCCGACUGUACAACAGGGAGAGUAUACGCGCAUUACGCGAGGUUUAUGGACAGAUCUGA